CAAUUACGAAAAUUUUUAAGCGUAUGAUCGGAAAACAAAUCGCGUGUGUAAAUACAUCUCAUGGUGAAAGGAAGCUGCGGAGAAAAAGACAGGAAAAUCACAGAAAUGGGAGUGCAGAACUCAAAACGGAUGCAGGUGAUGACAUCAUAUCGCAGAAGUCUCUGGAUGCAGUGAAAGGACUUAUACACUUCUUGAAAGAGCAUGCUAGAGUGGAAGGACUAUUUCGGCGGGCAGGACGUCGCGAACUUCGACGGCAUAUCCUGAAUUCCCUGAAAAAGGGUCAUAAGCCGCACUUCGAAGAUUCGAACAAUGCAGCUCUGGAAUGCGCGGCGGCCUUGCAAAUCUUUCUCAGUCGUUUGAAAAAGCCAAUUAUGCCGCAGCAUGUACAAGAAUUGAUUCUCGCGGAUAAUCCAGGUGUGGAAGCACACGUUAUCGCUCAGGAUGCUCUAGGACUUAUCAAACAGGACGUCAGCGGUCGUCACGGCGAACUCCUGACCGACGUUUUGGAUCUUUUAAGACACUUGACUUUAUCAGGGCCUCCGUCCGAGCGUUCUGAAUUGCGCGGAUCUCCUUUGCCUCUCGCUCUUUUGCCAGUGUUCUUUAAUUUAUCGCCUAGCGAUUUGACAAGAUGGAAGCAAGUAGCAGCCAGGUUUAAUGAAUUAAUUACAGAAGCCGCUGUACAACUCCAUCGGAAUGAACAGCGCGAUAUUCAUACGGAAACUAUGUUAAAUUCUGCAACGAAUUACGCUGAUACAUCUUCAACUUCGCUGGAAGAAUCUGAGGAAUUAAGAUUACAGGAACUUUCUUUAUUGUAUCCCAUCGUUCGACUUACAAAUCACUAUAACGCUUGCCACAUUGGCGAGAUGGCACGUGUACUUUUUACACCGCUGCGACACCCAGCCGUUGGUAGAUUACAUCCAGCAAUCGUUGAUCCUAAUUAGACGAUAAACAAAUGUACAAUUUCCAAAUGUAAAUCAUUAUGUCUAUAUCGUUGAAUUUUUGUUUAUGUAAAUUGAUUGAGUAAUUUAAUUGUGCUUUAGUUAAAAUAUU